CAACGCGAAACUGAACGGCCCAUUGUACGUCUUCACUCUCUUUGGGCAUGCUUUAUAGAUUCAUUAUUUGUUUGCCGUCUCUCUCGGGAUCCAAUUCUUCUUCUUCUUGCAACUAGCUCAGAUCCCUUCGCAACCUGCUAAGAUAUUCGAUCAAUCGGUUGAUCGAUAGGUCCGAUCUCUUGCCGGGAAGUAUCCGGAUCGCUAUUUCUUAUUGGAGAUUUUACGCCGGCUCGAGUACUAACUGAUUUCCCUCGUCGGAUUGGGUUACAUCGUGAAUUCGCGAUUCCAAGGGAGUGGAAUCUCCAGAUCAGACGGAAUCCAAAAUAUUGUCCGACGUUCGCAAUAGACAAUUCUGGCAUUGUUGUGUUGGCUCGGUCACGCAAUGGUGGAUUGCCGGAGCCUGAUCGAGUUCUGUCGGGCUUUCGAGCAGCACCGGCAGGCAGUGAACCUGCAGGCUUCGCCGGAGAACCGAUCCAACAAAUCUCAUGGGCGGAGCAACACGGUGAACUUAUUCUCUCAGCCUUUCUGCGAGCACUCCCCUUUCGCUGCCAUGGACUUUCUCAUGCUACUUCUUGUUCUCGGGUCGUUCGGCGUUUUAACUUUGCCCUAUUUCAAGUUCAUCUACAAAGAAGCUUACGAGCUGUUCCCGGUGGCGGUUGAUCUUAUGGGCGAGGUUGUCUGCCCUAGGUUUGUAACCUAUGUUAUCGGGUUUGCUUUGAUGCUGAUUACGGGCGUUGCGCUUUGGGGGGUCUUCAGUCACCAAUUUAGGAAAUGUGGGAAUCCUAAAUGUAAGGGACUUCGGAAGGCGGUGGAGUUUGAUAUCCAGCUUGAAUCUGAAGAGUGUGUGAGGUUUAUGCCGGCAAUUCCUAUGGAUGCUUUUGGUUCUAGACAGUUGGAGCUGGGGCAGGAUCACAAGGAGCUGGAAGCUGAAUUGAAGAAGAUGGCACCCCUAAAUGGCCGCACCGUUCUCAUCUUUCGGUCGCCCUGUGGAUGCCCAAUAGGAAGAAUGGAGGUUUGGGGACCAAAAAAAGUCAGGCGUAUUAAGAAAUAAUCACUCAUACAUAUAAUUUCUGUUGACAUUUUAGUUUAUUUAUAGCAAUAAGAUGCAGAUCCCAAAUAAUGAAGAUUGUAGGUUUCAUCAGUACUGAAUAAGUAGUGAUCUGUAGGCUUAAAGAAACAUAUGUAACGUGGAAGAUUGGGGUCCCUUUGUUGCACAUGAAUAGGAACAGACUAUUGGCAAAUGCUUUUUGCUAUUGCCAUUAAAUUUAUCAUAUCUUCCUGUUUAAUGGUCAGUUUCAACUGUUUUUUUGCUACUCCCUGGCUUUGCUAACUCUAGGAUAUAGAGUUAAUCUGAAAAAGAGCGAUAUUUCUCAUAGUUCAACUUUGAAAUGUUCCAACGAUUUUUCUAAAUCUGCUAGCUAAACAACCUCAACAUUUUUCAUAACUUGUAGGAUAAUAAGGACUAGAUCUAUGUUUCUUUUUUCUUCUUCUUCUCUUUGUGUCUCUCCCCCCUUCCACUCUCCUUCUCUUUCUCUCUUCUUUGAAAUUGCAAAUGGAACACGAAAAAAGCUUGCAGAUUUAGACAUUUUUUAUCUUCCUCAAUUAUUUGACUCGAGUUUGUGGGCUAAUAUUUCAUGUUUGCUCCAAGAUGAGCAUAAUGUUUGGCCUGUGAUAUUCCGUGAUAGAGGUUGCCAAAUGCAUAGAUUCCAAAAUCCUUCUAUAAUUGCAAAUGUAUUUUUUCUUAACUGUUGAAAGUUUACGAUUUCGAUACCUAUUCUUUAACUUUGCUAGUUAAUGCAUAACUUUGUGAGUUUCUAAACCGUAACAAAAGUUUUCUUAGAUGGAAGAUGUUUAUUUAAUUAUUGUGAUUCACUGAGGACUAAUUGGAGAAUUGUGAGAAGAAAUGGAAUCAUAUUUUCAGAGCACUGAAGCUCAUAUGCUACUUCAUUUAGCAUGCAUGAUUUUAGGAUUAUGUAAGAGCUACCCAAUAACAUCACUUCCACUAUAACUUGUCUGAAACCAAAGUUUAACUAAAUAGCAAACUCUCAAGAAAUUUAAAUUUUCAGGUUUUGCUACUAAGCCUACUAACACAAUAAAGACUAAAAGGGUAUGAAUGCUGUUAACACAACAGAGACGAAAAGGGUAUGAUUCUUGAUGUACAUAAAUAGUUUGGCGGAUUGCUUUCCAUAAUGAUAUAAUAUUUAUCAUUAGGAGGUAUGAAGAAUCUAUUAAUCUCCCCUAUAUGUUGCCCAUUACAUUUGAUAUCAUUUUAAUUUGAUUAUUCUUCUUUUUAAUUGACCAAUUUUUGCCUAACACAUGCAAGGAGACUGAAGUGUAGGUUUUCCUAAUGCAAUUAAUAUGAUGUGUAAUAUGCUUUCAUGAAAAGAAAACUUGAAGAUUCUCAAAUCAAUCUAACAAUCCACUUUCUUCAAAUGAAAAGAAAAGUAGUCUUUAAGCCCAGUUAACAGUGAAAUGAUUGUAAAUCUGAGAAUUUCAGCAAUAAUUUGAAAAUAAAUAAAAUUGGAAAGUCAAUGAAUUAAUUUUCAAUAAAUCAAAUUUUCGAGAUGCCACUUUUUUUUUAUAAAAAUCAAAAACACUAUACUAGUCAAUAACAAAUUAGGUAGAAAAAUUGAGAAGAAAUAAAAUAGCAAAAG